GCCUGUGUUAGCAAGACCGCAAUGUAUAAUAAAAGUGAUAAGGUAUCUGACAUCAUCGUUCUUCAACCAUUUCCCCUCAGUCAUAGGAACAGGUACGAGGGUUUCAACACCAAGUCACCAACAUGAACAUGAUGAUGAUAUCAUCUAAGUACUACACAAAUUCCAUUAUAGUUAGAGUUGGAAGAACUUGGUGCUGUCCAAAUGCAAAACCCGAAGGCAGCUUUUCAUUCAGUCUCAGAUUCUCCAAUAGGAGGAGGAAGAGAAGGAGCUUCAGCAUACACUCUGAAUCAAUUUUCAGAGGUCACAAUAAUACAGUUUCAGCUCUUAAUUCAGGUUUAGAAGCUUCAAUUACAGAUGCCACUGAAAGUUCAAAUACCUUAAAAAAAGCCAGUAUUGUUCUAGAGUCUGGAGAUGAAAAUAAGAUACAGCUAAGAGUGGACUUAACUGGUGAUCAAACAGAAAGGGUAUUUGGUAAGACCCUUCGAGAUUUGGGUCGAACUGCUCCGCCUGUUCCCGGAUUCCGCAUGCAAAAAGGAGGAAAAUCAUCACAGAUCCCCAACGACUUCCUUUUACAGAUGCUUGGGGAAGAACGCGUCAUCAAGUUUGUAAUACAAGAAAUACUCAAUUCUACCAUGGCUGACUAUGUAGAAAAGGAAAAUUUGGACGUGAAGGACAGGAAGAUAAGCACAAUUCAAACCGCAGAAGAACUCAAACAAUCGUUCAAACCCGGAAAAGAAUUUGGCUUUAAUGUUAUAAUUGAGCCCAAAAGUUCAGAAGAUACUGGUUAACUUUAACCAAGUCGAAGUUUAAAGGAGCAUCAAGAUUGGUCCCACUCAAUGGUAUUUAGCUCAAUAAACAGUUAUUUAGAGAGCCAAUUUGGUUUUUAGUUUUUACUCAUAACAAUGGACUGAAUCUUCUGAAUUUUGAUGAGACUUCUAGGAAAAAUUGUAAGUGUGAUUACAUGUUUUGUUACAAGAAAAUUCUCA